UCUUUUGGAAUCCAACACUACACCAGGUUGUUUCAUAUGGAACAAGGAAUGUCAAACUAGAGUCUGGUGAAACUAUCACAAUUCCUGAUGUUGUUCGGACAGCAUGCCACUCCGCUAUAAUUAAAAUGUAUACCACAUACUGUGUUGAAACAGGCUUUGAACCACUUUCAAAUGCUACACUUUAUAAAAUUUUGAAUGCAUGUGCUGCAUCAAAACGCAAAAGUUUGAAGGGGCUGGACAACAUUACAGCAGAUGGUCAUGAUGCCAUUGACAGUAUAAUCCAUUUGGUUGAACAGCUGGAAUUAAAAGGACAGAUUACAAAGGAGAUGACAAAAAACUUUAUUUCAAAACUAACUGCCAGCAAAGUGUAUCUGAAAACUGAUUUUAAGGUGCAUGUAACCCAAUCGUCCAGUUGUGCUGACCACUGUAUUGCAUAUGCCUUAAGUGAUCCUUUGGAUGCUUCAUUCAAAAACACAUGCAACCAUCAGCACCAAUUGGAAUGUGACCGUUGUCAACUUUUCAAAGAAGUUACAACUGAUCUUAGACAGUACAUCAAUACAGUCUUUGAAUCUAUUUGUGAGGAAGCAACUGAAUUAAUUACAGAACUGGAUGUACAUGUAGCAUCAGUUGAAGCCUGGAAAGCUCACAUAGUCCGAAUAGUCAACCAGGAUUUGUGCAGAACUGAUAUGCUAGAACAUCUAGAACAAAAUCAAACUCUUUUGAUCCUAGAUUGGGCCAUGAAAUUUCUCCCCCUACAUUUUCGGGAAAAACAAAGUGACUGGUUUGCCCAGAAAGGAAUCAAUUGGCAUGUGACAGUGAGUGUUUUCAAGGAUGACAAUGGAGAUUUAAAGCAUAAAUCCUACACCCAUAUUUGUGAUGGAACAAAGCAGGAUUGGUUUUCUGUAUGCUCGGUGUUGGAGAAUGUGUUGACAACAUUGAAGAAGGAGCGUUCAUGUUUAACUGAGGCCUUCUUAAGAAGUGACAAUGCUGGAUGUUAUCACUGUGGACAUAUGUGGUUAGCACUCAAUGGUGUUAGCAGAAGAACAGGUGUGAAAAUCAGAAGAUUUGAUUAUAGUGAAGCCCAAGCAGGAAAAUCCUACUGUGAUUGUAAGAUUGCACAUAUGAGAGCAAAGAUCAAAGUCUAUGCAGCAUCAGGACACAAUGUGACAUCAGCUUCAGAUAUGAAGGAAGCAAUUGACUCUGGAUCAGGUGUAGUAGGAUGUCAGGCAGCUGUAGCCUCUGUAGAUACAAGGAACCAAACCCUUACUGCCCACAAGAUCAAAGGUGUGACAAGUUUCAACAAUAUCUGUUUUGAAGAUGACAGCAUCAGAUUUUUUAGAUAUUAUAGAAUUGGCGAGGGAAAUGCAGUGCCAUUAACUACUUUCCAAAACAUGGGAAAUUGUCAACAGGCCACCACAAGUAUCCGGAUAGAGGAAGAUUUCAAAAAAACCUCAAAAUUCCAUGGGUAA